UCGUUUGUGGAUUCUCAAUAUCGGCGUAGCCGCGGAGGAGAGAUUUCGAUUCCGGUGGCAGUUGCAGAGCAAAAAACUGAAAACCGAGCGUUGGAAAUGAACAAAUAGACAGGCGCCUGGUUUCAGAUCUGCAGAUCUGCAUUUCCAGGGAGAAUUUCCUUUGUUCAUGGAAAAUGGAUUUCGUCAACAAAUUGCCGCCCAUGGAUUUUCUGCGUUCAGAAGAGAUGACGCUCGUGCAGCUCAUAAUACCCGUGGAAUCUGCUCACAGAGCUGUCUCCUACCUCGGGGAACUCGGUCUUCUCCAAUUCACAGAUUUAAAUGCUGACAAAAGUCCCUUUCAACGAACAUUUGUUAAUCAGGUAAAACGAUGUGGGGAGAUUUCACGGAAGCUACGCUUUUUUAAAGAUCAAAUCAGUAAAGCUGGUAUGGUAUCCCCUAUUCAUUCUUCACCACAACCAGAUGUUGACUUGGAAGAAUUAGAGAUACAACUUUCUGAGCAUGAACAUGAACUUAUUGAAAUGAAUGCAAAUAGCGAGAAACUGCGACAAACUUACAAUGAGCUCCUGGAGUUCAAGAUGGUUUUGCAAAAGGCAGGUGGCUUCCUUGUUUCUGGUCAGCACCAUACGGUUGCACAGGAGAGGGAAUUAGAUGAAAACUUAUAUUCAAGGGAUAACUAUGCGGAUAUACCAUCAUUUCUUGAACAGGAAACACGGCUUGGACCAUCGAAUGAAGCUGGAUUGAGAUUUAUUAGUGGCAUAAUUUGCAAAUCCAAAGCCCUAAGAUUUGAGAGGAUGAUAUUCCGUGCGACAAGGGGCAAUAUGCUUUUUAAUCAAGCACCAACUGAGAAAUAUGCCACGGAUCCUAUGUCGGUUGAAAUGGUUGAGAAGAUAGUGUUUGUAGUUUUCUUCUCAGGCGAGCAGGCAAAAAUAAAAAUACUGAAAAUUUGUGAAGCAUUUGGCGCAAAUUGUUAUCCUGUUCCUGAAGAUAUUACCAGACAGAGGCAAGUAACUCAAGAGGUUUUGUCACGCUUAUCUGAACUGGAAGACACUUUGGAUGCAGGUGUUCGCCACAGGAAUAAAGCCCUCACUUCAAUUGCUCUCCAUUUAAGGAAGUGGACCAUUAUGGUAAGAAAGGAAAAGGCUGUAUAUGAUACUCUCAAUAUGCUCAACUUUGAUGUUACAAAAAAAUGCCUAGUUGGAGAAGGCUGGUGCCCUAUAUUUGCAAAGCCUAAGAUUCAGGAUAUGUUGCAACAAGCAACAAUUGAUAGCAACUCACAAGUGGGGAUAAUAUUUCAAGUGAUGGAUGCUGUGGAAUCACCACCUACAUAUUUUAGAACCAAUUGCUUCACUAAUGCAUUUCAGGAAAUUGUUGAUGCGUAUGGUGUUGCUGGAUACCAGGAAGCAAAUCCUGCUGUUUAUACUGUUAUUACAUUUCCUUUUCUUUUUGCCGUGAUGUUUGGGGACUGGGGGCAUGGAAUAUGCUUGCUGUUGGGUGCAAUAAUUCUAAUCGCUUGUGAGAGCAGGCUUGGUUCUCGGAAACUAGGCAGCUUUAUGGAGAUGGCUUUUGGUGGGCGCUAUGUAAUCCUUUUAAUGGCAUUAUUUUCUAUUUAUUGUGGCUUGAUUUACAAUGAAUUCUUCUCUGUUCCCUAUCAUAUAUUUGGUGGGAGUGCUUACAAAUGUCGGGAUGCUACAUGCAGGGAUGCACAUACAGCUGGUCUAAUCAAGUAUCGUGAUCCAUAUCCAUUUGGUGUGGAUCCCAGCUGGCGUGGAAGUCGUUCAGAGCUGCCUUUCCUCAAUUCCCUCAAAAUGAAGAUGUCUAUUUUGUUAGGUGUGGCCCAGAUGAACCUAGGAAUAAUUUUGAGUUACUUUAAUGCAAGGUUCUUUGGCAGCUCAUUGGAUAUAUGGUAUCAAUUUGUGCCACAGAUGAUCUUUCUUAACAGUCUAUUUGGGUAUCUUUCCCUCCUCAUUGUCAUCAAGUGGUGCACAGGGUCUCAAGCAGACCUUUACCAUGUGAUGAUUUACAUGUUCUUGAGCCCCACUGAGGAUCUUGGUGAGAACCAGUUGUUUUGGGGCCAGAAGCCACUGCAGAUGUUGCUGUUGCUUUUGGCUGUUGUAGCUGUUCCUUGGAUGCUCUUUCCAAAACCUUUCAUUUUGAGGAAGCUUCAUCUAGAGAGAUUUCAAGGUCGUACUUAUGGCAUUCUUGACACCUCUGAUAUGGAUCUGGAUGUUGAACCUGAUUCUGCAAGGCACCAUGUUGAUGAAUUUAAUUUUAGUGAGGUGUUUGUGCAUCAAAUGAUACAUUCUAUCGAGUUUGUCCUUGAAGCAGUGUCGAAUACUGCAUCUUACCUACGUCUCUGGGCUCUAAGUUUAGCCCACUCAGAGUUGUCAACUGUAUUCUAUGAGAAAGUUCUCCUUCUAGCCUGGGGGUUUGACAGCAUUCUUAUCCGACUGGUAGGGCUUGCAGUUUUUGCCUUUGCGACAGCCUUCAUCUUGCUCAUGAUGGAGACACUCAGUGCGUUUCUCCAUGCCUUACGUCUACAUUGGGUGGAAUUCCAGAACAAGUUCUACCACGGAGAUGGAUACAAGUUCAGACCCUUGUCUUUUGCUUCGUUGCCUGAUGAUGAAGAUUAAUCUACUAAUUUCCCUUGGGGGUCACUAUUUUUGAAUUUUGAUCUUAACAUUUGAAAGUGGAAGUACAAAGACUACAAGAUAUAAGGAUCUGAUUAUUGCAGCCCAGACUGGAUUUUCUUAAGCUGAUAUGAAAAAUCCUGUUUGGGCUGCAAAUGUCAAUAUCUUCUCCUAGCUGUACCAUUUGCAGCUUCGCUCUGAAAAUGUAAACAUCCCUGUAGAGAAGUCUGUAUGACCCGGUCAAUCAACAAUUGAGCCCUGUAAAUUUUCUUCAACAAAGCAAUUAAAUUUCAUUGCUUGUAAAGAGGGGUCCAGGAUUCCAGAAUUCUUAAUACCAAAUAUCUUCUGUUAUCAAGUGUAGCAGAUCAUAGAAUCUUGUCAUACGGACAGAAACAGGGGUGGAUUUUAUAGGGCAUUGCCCUUCAUAUAAUUUAUACUUUUUUGGCAAGAAACAUCACUCAUAGUCACUGUUUUUUU